AUGGCUUCCAGCCCUCUGCUCCUGAGUGCGGAGGAGAACAGAGCUCUUAGUGAGACUCAGAUCCAGGGAGAGAAAACACUCUGGGGUUUUCUCAGAGAAGGAUUCCCGCACGUGAGGGCCCUGAGUCCCUUCCUCCAGCUGCUCCUCUCUCGGCCCAGUCUACGCCCCGCCCUCAGGGGCUCCCGAGUGGAAGCCACGCUCUCACCCGAGAUGGGCCGCGGAGAACCCAGGAUCCAGAAUUUCUACCGCCUCAGGCUCUGGGUUGACCUUUCUGGGCCCGAGGUCCUGGGAGCAGAGGAGUACACCCUGGGGCACCAGCAAACAUCAGGGCCAGGUCAUUCUGAUGUCCUUAAGACAGAGCCUCUGGCAGGGCCUUUGAUGAUGCUCAGCUUGGAGUCCUGUGCCGACCCCAACGGAUCCACCGCUGUGACAGCCUCGGCGACUCCCCAGUGUUCACGUUCACCAGCACGAGGAGCCUCCCAGAGCCCGCAGCACAGGCUCUCGCGAGAAGCUGCCCCUAGUUCCCGUGUGGAACAGGCCAAACAUCGCGAGAAACAUCGCGAGAAACAUCGCGAGAUCUGA